AUGACGGAUGUGAUUCUUCAUGUCUAUGAUGUGACCAACAGUGGUUCUGUUAAGACGAAUAACACCAUUACGCAGAUCAACAAGAUCUUCAAGGACCGUAUAGGUUUGGGAGGAAUCUUCCAUAGCGCUGUUCAGGUUUAUGGAGAUGAAGAAUGGUCAUUUGGAUUUUGUGAAAAUGGCUCAGGAGUUUUUAGCUGUCCUCCUAGUAAAAACCCAAUGUAUACAUAUCGUGAAUGCAUUAUCCUUGGGAAAACAAAUUUCCCCGUCUUCAAGGUAAACCAGAUUCUGCGGGAACUUAGCAGAGAGUGGCCUGGAAACUCAUAUGAUCUACUAGCAAAAAACUGCAAUCACUUUUGUGAUGAGUUCUGUGAAAGGCUUGAUGUUCCAAAACUUCCAGCUUGGGUUAAUCGGUUUGCAAAUGCUGGUGAUGCUGCUAUGGAAGUUGCUGGAAACACUGCAUUACGAUUGAGACAAGCCAAGACAGAGAUAAUAUCUGCUAGCAAAGUGGCAUACCGGUUCCUUUCUGGUGUUGGCUCCAACACGUUAGUCAAUCCAGAGUCCCCGAGCAAUUCCAAUAGAGGCAGCCCCAGAUUCCAAGCCGGUUGGUUCAGAAACCUCAUUUCUUCUGUAGGCAACCAGCCAUCGGAUUCUGAACUUGAAGACCAGGCUGAAGGCACCCUUCAACAACGGAAGCAACCGAUAGAACAACUGUGACAGAAUUCACGGUGUGAUGUGUGAGAAGAUUGCUUCUGUGGCAUCAUUUGCUGCAAUGUACCAUGCAUAGACAAUGAUAUGUCAUUCAAUUCUAAACACUGUAAAAUUUGAUUUCUUUCCAACUGAAAUCGUGUUUGUUGAAACUGAGACAUUCAAAAAAGAUUAGAGAUACAUUAAGGUGGUCUUCCAUUAUACAAUGUUCAUGUUACAUUCUGAAAGCUUCUGGUUUCACACAAUAGGAUUGGUGAUUGGAAUCUGAGCGAUGGGAAGUGGUUCUAAAUACGGAAAUGAUGGACUGGAAUGCGUUUGCUGCUAUCCUGUACUUUAUCUGCCCUCGCUUCGGUAGAGGCCUUUUGCCAUGAAAACCUCCUCCACCAAAUGCUGCUGCAGGAACGAUGUUGACUUUGUGGCUCAUUGUGGCUCUGGUGCAGAAGGUGGACAAAUAACCUUGAGUCUUGCAAGUCUCAGAAUCUGAACAAUGUGUAUGUGACCAAGUUGCUUUGGUUUUAGAGAUUUAUAUAACCAGGGUUGUUCAUCAA